CCCGCAAUCACAAUCUGGUGACAUCAGGAUCUCAACUUUAUCUUUCCUUCAGCCCAAUUCUUUUUAAGAUUGCGUUUUUCUUUUCUAGUCCUUUGUUGAUGAAACUGCUAUACUAAAUUCAGAUAACAUUGAUAUGGAGGUCAUUGAGAAUGUGGAACUCGUUGAACCAGGAGUGGAUAGCAUUAAGCAGGUUACAACGUCAAAGUUGGAAGAGACGUGCGUUUUGGUGGAAGGAAAUGAGCUUCAUAUUGUUCAACAAGGCACCGGCAAACACAAGUCAUACAAGAAAAAAAUCCGUGAAGCUUUUUCGUCAAAACUGAGAUCAAGAAAGAGACAUGAGUAUGACCAGUGCAUUCCCCAGGCCGGACUUUUAGGUGGAACUGGAAGUACAGAAAUCGUGAUUCCUGAUCUUACUCUGGAUUUUGAGAAAAUGAAAUUACCGGCACAAGAUUUUUCCGAAUCCGAUUGGGAAUUUCUCUAGCUAUUCUGCUACAAGUGAUGCUGCCCCUGUGAGACAAUGACUGGUAAAUGAAGAUGCCAUCUUGAUUUGUAAAUAAUGGCAGCCUAAAUGUACUCUGUCAAUAUGGGAAAUUGCGAAUUGAUGUUUGAAAUUCAAUAUUCUAUAAUGCACAUAAAAUCCAAGUGUUAAAGUGGUUUAUGGCCUGUUUAGUAUUUGUAGUUUACAUAUAUGUCACUCUCCUGGAUAAGUUAUAAUUGAAAAUUCAGGUUAUUUGACUUUUUCUCUUCA